AUGAUUAAAAACGGCCACCACGACACGGAGGAGCAAGUUGGGGGAGGCGACCGUAAUAAUACACCGGCUGCUUCGGGGUGCAGCCCGGAGAAAAGGAAGCGAGUUGUUCGGCUGUGGUGUGACGGCUGUUAUGAUAUGGUCCACUAUGGUCACUCAAAUCAACUGCGGCAAGCUAAAGGAAUGGGGGAUUACCUCAUUGUUGGAGUGCAUACAGAUGCUGAAAUCUCCAAGCACAAGGGCCCACCAGUCUUCACUCAGGAAGAGCGCUAUAAGAUGGUGCGAGCUAUCAAGUGGGUGGAUGAGGUUGUUGAAGGAGCACCCUACGUUACAACCCUGGAGACUUUAAACAAAUUCAACUGUGACUUCUGUGUGCAUGGAGACGAUAUCACGCUGACUGUGGAUGGCAAGGACACGUAUGACGAAGUGAAGAGGGAAGGACGUUAUCGGGAAUGUAAACGCACUCAGGGGGUCUCCACCACAGACCUUGUGGGACGUAUGCUCCUCAUGACCAAAUCACAUCAUAGCAACUUGGAUAACCCAGAUUAUCAGCAGCAUACAGACAAUUUUGGGAAGGGACCUAAAGGCCACAGUCCGUGGACUGGAGUGUCUCAGUUCUUACAAACGUCCCAGAAGAUCAUACAAUUUGCCUCAGGAAAGGAGCCUCAACCCGGAGACACCAUCAUCUACGUGGCUGGGGCAUUUGACCUCUUCCACAUUGGUCAUGUUGACUUCCUGGCGAUGGUGUACAAGCUGGCAAAAAAGCCCUAUAUCAUUGUUGGUCUGCAUUUUGACCAGGAAGUGAAUCGGUAUAAGGGAAAGAACUAUCCAAUCAUGAACGUUCAUGAAAGGACCCUGAGCGUCCUGGCCUGCCGGUACGUGUCAGAAGUGGUGAUUGGUGCACCCUACGCUGUGACCAAAGACCUAUUGGAUCAUUUCAAGGUGGACAUCGUUUGUCAUGGCAUGACAAAAGUAUUCCCUGACAAGGAUGGAACAGAUCCCUAUGCUGAGCCUAAGAGGAGAGGGAUAUUUAAGACCAUUGAUAGCGCAAACAAUCUCACUACUGAUGACAUCGUCAAGAGGAUCAUUGAAAACAGGCUGCAGUUUGAAGCUCGGAACCAGAAGAAAGAGGCCAAGGAGAUGGCGGUGAUUGAGGCCAUGAAAAGGAAAGAAGAGCAGGAGGAGGAGAAGAAGGCGAGGACACGCAGUGCCAAGAUAGACAGAGACCUGUACGAAGGCGCCAAGCGGGAGAUGAAUGUGGUUAAAAUACUCCUACUAGGUGCAGCAGAAAGUGGGAAAAGCACUUUGGUCAAACAAAUGAAGAUCAUCCACAGCAAUGGAUUUACCAAGCAAGAGCUUAGCAGCUUCAAGCCUGCAGUUUUGGAUAACCUGCUGACCUCCAUGAAGUUUGUUCUUCAUGGCAUGGGCAUCCUUCGCAUCAAUCUGGCUAGCAGCAGGAACAAGGUGCACGCUCAUUCAGUGCUGUCGUGUGGUCGCUCUUUUGAUGAAGAUCAGGUCUUUUUUCCCUUCCUGAGCCACGCCCUCUCUUGUUUGUGGGCUGACCAGGGGGUGAGAGCUGCGGUGGCCCGGGGAUACGAGUAUGAGCUCAAUGACUCAGCGCUGUACUUCUUUGAAAAUAUGAGCCGCAUCUCUUCUCCAGACUAUAUCCCCACAGAGAUGGAUGUUCUGCGUGUACGACUGAGGACUACAGGUGUGAUAGAGACCCAGUUCAAGGUCAAGCAUCUCACUUUCAGGAUGUACGAUGUCGGAGGUCAGCGAACGGAGCGGAGGAAGUGGAUCAGCUGCUUUGAAGACGUCCGGGCAGUGCUCUUUGUAGUAUCGCUAAGCGGUUAUGACAUGACCUUGGUGGAAGACCCCUCCACGAAUCGUCUGCAGGAGAGCAUGAACCUCUUCUCCUCCAUUUGCAACAAUGUCUUCUUCCGCAGUACAUCCAUGAUUUUAUUCAUGAACAAAAUUGACCUUUUCCAAGACAAGAUUCUGCACUCGGGGCGACACCUACGUCAUUACCUCCCUCAGUUUAAAGGAGCUGACUGCGACGUGGAUUCGGCCGCCCGCUUCAUCACCGCCAGCUUCGUCUCGCUUGACUCAGCUGCCAGUAAGCUCAUCUAUCACCACUUCACCACAGCCACCGACACCUCCAACAUCCAGGUGGUCUUUGAGGUGGUUAUGGACACCAUUAUAAAUGAGAACCUAGAAGCUGUGUCUCUUCUGUAG